CCGCCGCGCCGUAAACAUGUCGUGGUCGUGCUCGUCGCGCGCCGUGGUCGCCAUGCAGCUGGCCGCCUGGAGCGUGGCCGGCGUGCUGCUGCUGCACCGCGGACUCUCCACGCUCGCCAAGGACUCGCGCCUACACGCAGAGGCAUGGAAGGAGGCGCUGGCCAACCGCAGGGCCAGUCGUGUCGCAGAAGGCGGCGCCCAGACGGCCGGCGUAAACGGAAGCUCCUGGGAGUGGGACGGGGGCGGCAACUCUACGCUGGAGGUGGAGGCGGCGUUCAACGACACGCUGGCGCUGCCGGACUACGGAGAGGGCUGGAACGGCACAAACGCCACCUCCCUGGGGGAGAUGCCGGCGCGCAAGAUGCGGCCCACGGCGCUCGUCUACGUGGCGCUGGGGCUGCUCGUGCUGGCCGUGGGGCCCGCCAUCGUCGCCUUCAAGAGCUGCGACGAGAGGACGCGGCCCGCCUUCCAGAAGGUGGAGACGCAGGACGCUCAGGAGGUGGAGGCGCCGCCCAGCUACGAGUCGGCGGUGGGCGAGCCGGCGCCGCGCUACUCCACGCUGUUCGGCUCCCAGCUGCGGCUCGACUUCCUGGCGACGCCGCCCCCACCGCCCCCGCCGCCCCCGCCACCUCCGCCGCCGGUCCCGCCCGACGCCGACUCCUACAACCUGCACGAGGUGACGGCUUCGACCGCGCUGCUCGUCGCUUCACCGUCGUGCUGCGAAGACUGCCGGAGGAACUCGUAGCCCAGCGCGCUAUGCGUCGCAUUAUUUAUUACUCUGCACCAGCUGCUCACAGCUCUUCUGCAGGGACUGGACUGACAGCUAGACGUUCACCAGUUAAGCUGGGAGCGAUCCUUCGACUACACUGUAGCAGAGGAUGGGGUGCUGCUUGAAUAUUCCCGGCUUUUCACGGAGCGACCACAGUCGGAAUUUUAACAGCACACAUUCAACCAACAUAACCGUAUUCCUGAAAGACGUAGUCCAUACCUCGUUGUCGCGGCUUUCCUAGUCUAUUUUAGAAUACCUCAUCACAUGAUAUUCUCCUCAGUUCUCAACAGAAUGUCUUAAAGUCUACCGUGUCACGGAAAUUAUGACCUUUCAGCAGUUUCUUCAGGUUAGGGAACAAAUGAUAGUCCGAAGGGGCCAGGUCAAGUUGGUUUCGGAGAGGUUCGCCCAAUUACAAACGAGGGGCUUCAACUUGGCAGCCACAACUUGGGACGUAUGUAAAGGUGAAUUGUUGUGCAACAAAAGGAAGACUUUGCUCAACUAUGCCGGAAUUUAAUCUUAAUAACCUCCUUCAGCUGGUCGAGUAGGCAGUUGUGAUUCCCCCUGGUUUUACUACAGCCCCGAGGUAGGCAAUCGAGCAAUAGAUGGACGUCGUUUCUUUACCGCCUCUUUUUUGGGUGCGGAACUUUUUCGAUCAUGGGAUAUACUACGGGGUCUUUCCAUGCUUUAGGGACCUUAAACAGGGAGCCAGGUUUCAUAUUCAGCCACGUGAUUAGCCAAAAAUGUCCUUUCUGGCAUCAAAACAGGCUGAAGGAGCUGCGGUCGUUGCGACUCACGCCGUUUUGUUUUCAAUAUUCACAUAUUUCAGCGCCGACUUCAUUGAAAGCUUCCUCAUGCUUACGAUAUAACUAAUGAUGAAACUAGUUAGGCCCGGAGGGAUAUUCAGUGUCUCGCCUAUCGUUUUGACAGAUAUCCGCAGGUCCUUAGUAACCACUUUAUAGACAACAUGGCUUAUUGUCGGGUCUGUUGAGGUUGUGGGAUGCGCACUGCGAUCGUUCAACUUGAAUGGUGAAAUGUUUGCUGUGCAAAAGAAACACCCAUGGUCUGAGAGUGCAAUGGGAUGAAAGCGUUUGCCUCAGUGUUUAUGGCAUCUCAGUGUGAAUGUCCUUCGGAGAUUAUCUUGGAGAAACGAAAACUUAAUGAAGCCCCUUGUGUCUUUACCAUCUCGCAUUCUAUCUACAAUUAACGAUCGACAGAACACGUGUGAUAUAUUCACAAGAUGUGAAGCAUUCAUGUGGUGCUAAAUUCAUUUUUCAGUUCCGACUCUAGUGAGCCAAAGGCAUGAACUUUACAGCCCCCUCCCCCUUUUCGAAACUCUCAUUGCCAAGUGUCAGAAGAACGUAGUGUCUCUUUUCUCUUUUCACUAUGUCGCUGCUUGUAAUACCGUAGCUUACUGAGUAGUCGAUUGAACGACACUAUCCCAGCAAAAGAUCGAAUCCUUAAAGGAGACGAAGGUGCCGCUGAGGAGAGAUAUACUGAGGGGUUACGAGUCACUGUGACGUCACCGACACCUAGAACGAACAACGUAAACCCGAAUGAAUGCUUCCCGCAUUACAUACACUGAGUACGCUGACACUUGGUGCUCGCCGUUACGGAAAGGGUGCAAUGAAAUUUCUCUUAUUGAUGAUGAAAUGAUUUUCUUAUAUUACAAACGACACAUUUGCUUCGAUAUCUCGAUAGAUAAAAAUGUUUCGACUAUUGACGACAUUUUGCGAAUAACACUUGAUACAAUAUUGUUUCAAUAUCCAUAAUGAUUUUGAAAUAUCAGGGGCGCUAUGACUAAAAGGAAUCGGUGUUUAAAAUGCACCGCGCUGUUAU